CUCGAUUUCGUUCAAACCAUUAUUUCUACUCUUAAACAUUCACUCUCCCUCACUCUCAAAUACUACACACCUUUAGCUGGCAACAUUGCUUGUCCACUAAAAUCGAGUGGUUAUCCUGAGUUGCGUUAUGUGACAGGAGAUUCUGUAUCUGUUACUUUUACUGAGACUGAUGUGAAUUUUAAUCAUCUCAUUGGUAACCAUCCUCGAAAUGCUAAGGAUUUUUAUCCCUUCAUUCCUCAAUUGGCACAACCUAAGGAUGCACCCGGGGUCAAACUAGUCCCGGUCCUAGCCAUUCAAGUGACACUUUUUCCGAAUCUUGGCAUAUCCGUUGGUUUUAGUAACCAUCAUGUUGCUUGUGAUGGAAAUACCAUCGUGAAAUUCAUAAGAACAUGGGGUUUACUCAACAAAUUCGGCGGUGAUGAACAAUGUUUAGAGACUGAGUUCAUUCCAUUUUAUGAUAGGUCCGUGAUAAAAGACCCUUAUGAACAAGGGACGAUUAUAUGGGAUGAAAUGAAGCAAAAUAUGCCAGAUAUAGGUGACAUAAUUGUGACUCCUCCUCUUGAUAGAGUUCGAGGUACAUUUAUUAUAGGACGAGAUAACAUUGUUAAGCUCAAGAAUUUAAUAUUGUCAAGACGACCUAACCUAAGUUAUGUGACAUCUUUUACAAUAACUUGUGCUUAUAUAUGGACUUGCUUGAUAAAGUCAAAGUUCGCGAAUGAGGAAGAGACGAUAGAUGAGGAU